CGACCACAUUUGUGUAAAGCAGGCGAACACUUUUUCUCCAGUUCCGACGAGAACUAUAAAAUGUUCCCCUGAGAGGUCCCACCGAGAUUCGAACUCGGAUUGCUGGAUUCAAAGUCCAGAGUGCUGACCAUUACACCAUGGGACCAACCGUGAGGUUAAAACCCCGUCCGCAAUUAUAGUUAAAUAUUCCCUCCACAGUAGGUUUCCAGUAGCUUCAACCCAGACGAGUUAGAUCAAGUUUCAUUGAGUCCACGCUGAUAAUGACAUCUGAUGCUUUAUUGCUGCUGGGGAAGAAGCAAUGGGCACAAUAUAAUUCAAGACAAUUCACGCACUCUCUCUUCCGCUUCGGUUGGGAGCAUAAAUUAACUUUCAGAAGACCAGCAGAGGCGGAUCCAGGUUUUGUAAAGUUUGAAACUUACAAGAGUUUCUUAAGAAGAACACAAGGCUCUUUUUUUAAGAGAAAGAAUAGACAUUCUCAACACAAAAUUAGAUACAGUUACUCCAAGACAUAUAUGAUGUAUCUGAGGGAAAACUGGAGGAAAAAGAGGCUGCAGUCUUAACUAAUUUCCAUUACAAUAUACUUUUACAAGUUUUACAAAAAUAUAUGUUCAUACAGGGCGACACUUUCCACGGCCUUAGAGGGGGGUUUGACGCCCUUAGUGAAACAUGAUAAACACCCUUCCAAGGAGCAAUUUGGCAGUAUCUAUAAGAAUAAUCUACUCAGCAAUUUUUCUUUAAAAAAGCCAUUCUACAGAAAUAAAAAUAUCAAAUGUUAAAAAAUAUAUCUAAACAGGUUCACUGUAAUGUUUUUUAGAAUCAGAAACUUGAAAAUAUGCCUAUCCAUUCAAUAGAAAUAAUAUACUAAAAAGAAUGGGAUUUGGCUUGGCAGUUUCAGGAGAGAUUUAGUCUAAGACUAGCAAGCAAAACUCAGCAAUUUGCUGAAAUGUAAUGUAUAGCAUGAUCCAAUUUUUGUCAUAGUUUGUGAAUUUAUAUACUCAGUUUUAAAUAGGUUAAGAUUUUGUCCUGUUCCCUUUUGUGAGAUAUAAUUGCUUCAGUAAUUGAAAGUGAAAAAUGUACCCCCCAAAAUUAAUGCCCUCCAGUAGACGACUUAGAAGUUGCGUUUACUCUGUGCUGACUGCUCAGUAUGGUGGUGAUCAGAUCGUGCAGAAAAUGAAAGAGUAGAAGACAGAACCCCUGACUACAAGGGAUUAAUAGUUAGGGAGAAACCACAAAAGAUAAAUGCAAUAUCUUAAUAGUGACUAGGAAAAUGAGAAACUGAGAUGGGGCCAUCCAUCUCAGUCCUUUUGAGGUUCUGAUGACUUGGGCACAUGGACAAAAUGUCAUAUACAAUUUCAUCGACUUUAGCGACUCACUCAGCACAUUUACAGAUCUCAAGAGUAAGAAGUUUUGAUUUCAAGAUCUCCAAAAGAAACGUUCUGAUUCUUAAAAGUCGCUUGAAUCAGAAAUGCCAAAAUGUGAGUAACUAAUAGAGAUCAAAGUAGAAGGAAAAAGAAUGGGAAAAGGAAGACAUUCAGCAAUUCAACAAAUAUUCCUCAGGCAUCUAUUAUUUAUUGAGUGCUCUUCACAAGGCCGUGGGGGGCAGACUGGGUGGGGAGGAAGAAGAGGAAUUAGGCUGGCACUUGACAUGAUUCCUGGGCUUUUAGACCUCCAGCAGAAUUCACCGGUGCCUCAGCCUCUUCCUCUUGAAACAGUUUUCUCUUUGUUCACCUACAUCCAUUCUUUGAAUACCUUGCCUGGCAGAGCACACUGUCUGAAGGAGCUUGAGCCAGGUAUAAAUGUUCUGGUGGCCCAAUUCUAGCGACUUCUUAGACUCUGAAAACACGUCCAGAUUUUCCUUGUUAGUUUUCUGGGGCCAGUUUUCCAGGAUUGUUAACAGCAUGGCUCACAGAGCCAGAAGUAGCAGGAAUAGCUACUGCUGUCAUUAGGGGGUAAGCUCACUAUAUGGAUCUUGAGUUUUCCCUCCAUCUAUAAAAGGGAAAGAAGAAGCUAGAUUUUACAUUUCCUUUUUGAGUCUAAAUUACGGCUACUGGGAAAGAAGAGAGGGGCCCACAUCUAACGUGAAAAGGCCAGGUGGAGCCUACGAAUUCGCUAACUGGGCAAGAUGCUCUUCUGCUUUUGUUUUAGGACGCGGCGAUGAGUGCUGCAGGUCUUAGUGCAGCGACAGAUUGUCACCGUGACAAGAAAACCCAGUGCAGCCCCCUCAUUAGCUUUACUCACACAGUGAAACUCUUCACCGGUAACUGGGUAACUCGAGAGCAAAGUCUCUGAACAAUUUACGGAGCACUUGUGACCUCACGUUCACCGCUCGGAUUUACCACGACCACCGAGCUGGUUGCACCACCUGGAAUCCUAGAGCGGACCGGAAGUGAGCGCAGCUCCCGGGGCCUGGCUGAAACGAGCUGGGGUCUGAGGCGGGUGUGUGAGACGAGCCACCGCCUCUCCCGGGAGUGUCGCCUGUUGCCCACUUCUCUGGCUUGGCUCGAGACAAUACGAGCUCCUUUGAGGGGGAAGUGGCGGAGGGGAGAGGGCGUCUGCGCGGCGGCAAUCGGGCCUUCCCCGCCGACGGCUAGCGGUGUGGAAAGAGCCCCUUUCCCUCUCCCCCGAUCCCGGGCCUGGGCCUCGGAGCGCCGGUUUCACAGGUUUCAAGAAAACCUGUGUGGUUUUUCUUGUUGGGGAUAGUAGACCCAGGCUUUAGGGCCAGAGUUUCCUCAGUUUUCUGUCUCGCAAGCAAGCUGCCGCUCAAUUUGUGCUCCUGGAGCUUUAGUGAAUAGUUCUGAACUCACAAUUUCCGGUCUUGUCAGAGAAUGGCUUCACUUUCAAUGGAAUUGAUCAAGUAACUGCCCUGUUUUCACCUAAACAAAAAAAUUUUUUAGCUGCGUCUGUAAUUUGUGUCAACAGGAUUUUCUUAUUAAAAAAAGCUUUUCUGACCAAAGACUGGGUGGGGACCUCAAAUAAAAUCACACAUCUCCUUAGAUCCUUGUUGGAGCAAGGCCAAGCUAAGGAUGGCAGCAGCCCCCGGGGCCAUCCCAGCCUUGGCUGGGCAGGGUUCAGAGGAACAAGGGGAGAUUAUCAAAAUAAAGGUUAAAGAAGAAGACCCUAUUUGGGAUCAGGCAUCCUUCCUACAGAAGAAUUUGUCUUAUAGCAGGGAACUCUCUCGUCAACGUUUCCGGCAGUUCUGCUAUCAGGAGACUCCCGGACCCAGGGAGGCUCUGAGCCAACUCAGGGAACUUUGCCGUCUGUGGUUGAGCCCAGAGACACACACAAAGGAGCAGAUCCUGGAACUGUUGGUGCUGGAACAGCUCCUGACCAUCCUGCCUGAGGAACUCCAGGCUUGGGUACGGGAGCACCAUCCUGAGAGUGGCGAGGAGGUGGUGACUGUGCUGGAGGAUUUGGAGAGGGAGCUUGAUGAACCUAGACAGCAGGUCCCACAGGGCACAUAUGAGCAAGAAGUUCCUAUGGAAGAAAAGACUCUUCUGGAUACUGCAAAGGAGUCCUUAGGUACCCAUCUCCAGUCUAUAGAAGACAGAAUGGAAUGUGAAUCUCCAGAGUCACACCUCCUUCAAGAUAAUGGAUCAUUUUUGUGGCUUUCCAUGAUGUCUCAAAGCAUGGGUGAUGAUAACUUUAGUAGUUUAGAUGCCAAUGAAGCAGAAAUAGAACCAGAAAACAUGAGAGAAAAGUUCUUCAGAAGCUUAGCAGUGUUACUGGAAAACAAGAGCAAUAACACCAAGAUAUUUUCUAAAGCAAAGUACUGUCAAUUAAUCAGGGAAGUAAAAGAAGCUAAGGCUAAGGAAAAAAAAGAAUCAAUUGACUACCGGCGCUUGGCUAGAUUUGAUGUGAUCAUUGUACAAGGUCAUGAGAAGCUAAUUGAGGCUAUAAACGGGGAAACAGAUAAAAUACGGUUUUAUUUACACAGUGAGGACUUAUUUGACAUAUUGCAUGAUACACAUCUCAGCAUUGGACAUGGUGGACGUACCCGCAUGGAAAAAGAGUUACAAGCAAAAUACAAGAACAUCACAAAAGAAGUUAUAAUGCUAUAUUUGACACUCUGCAAACCAUGCCAACAGAAAAAUUCAAAACUCAAGAAAGUUCUAACAUCAAAGCCAAUUAAGGAAGUUAACUCAAGAUGCCAAGUGGAUCUUAUAGACAUGCAGUUGAAUCCUGAUGGAGAGUAUAAAUUUAUUAUGCAUUGUCAAGACUUUCGUACAAACUUGAGUUUUUUGCGGUCAUUAAAAUCUAAAAGGCCUAAAGAGGUUGCACGUGCUCUUUUAGAUAUUUUUACAAUUAUCGGAGCACCCAGUGUUCUACAGUCUGACAGUGGGAGGGAAUUUUCAAGCCAGAUUGUCAGUGAACUUAGUAAUAUUUGGCCAGAACUUAAAAUUGUUCAUGGGAAUCCUCAGCCCUGCCAAAGCCUAAGUUCUAUAAAUCAAGUUAAUGAGGAUAUCCAAAAUCGGAUUAUCUCCUGGAUGCAAACUAACAAUUCAUCACACUGGGGUGAAUUCUUGUGGUUUAUUCAAAUGACCCAAAAUCAACCCCAUUACAGAGGCAUGCAACAGACUCUAUGUGAGGGUGCAUUUAGCUCUGAAGCUAAACUGGGGCUCUCUCAGUCUCAGUCAACUGAAGAACUUGUUGCCAGCCUGAACACAGAAAAUGAAUUGGAACAGGCUGAUAAAGAAUCAGAAAAUACUCUUAGAGCCCAGUAUGAAGAAAACAUUGAGAUUGGAACAGAUAGUAGUGAUAUUGAAGAUAUUAUUUCUAUUACUCCUAAGGUAGCCCAAAAACCUAUUCCUGAAAACAGACUGAAUUUUUUAUCAUGUGUGGUUUGUGGAAAAGAAUGCAUAGGUGCUAACAGUUGUGAAUCAUGUUGUAGAAACAUCCAUGCAAUCUGUGGAGUGCCCUUUCAACCUGAGACUGAGGGUUAUUGUAACAAAAUAACUUGUAGUCUUUGCUACCAGACCACUACAAUGAAAAGGAAACAUGAUGAGGUUCCAAGAAGUUUGACUGUUCAACCUUUCAAAAUGUUAAAGCCAUCGGAGACACCGUUUUCAUCAGACAAAGUAGGAGAUUGGGUAAGAAUUUGAGUGUAGAUCAAAGAAUUUGUUGUGGAUCAAAGCAAGGCAAGAGCCUCUUUCUUCUUUACUGUGAUCAUGAUGAGUGAGAAAGUUUUGACAUGGCACACUAAAGCACAAUGAUGGCCAUCUUGGAUAUAUUUUCUUCUAAAAAAGGUCAAUUACUUUUAAUGUCCUCCCUCUACUCAUUUUUCAAGUUGGAAGUUAUAACCUUGGAUGCUGCUUUGUUUAUUGUUCUGGAGUGAGCAGCAGUAAUAUCUCUUCUUUCUGAUGUCAAGCAUUUCUUGGGGGGAUGAGAAAGCUAGGAUCCAGGGGACAAAUGGUAUGCCUGGUGGUAUGUUUCUACAGAAGGAUAAGUUUGGGAACAGAUGAACUUACUGUUACAUUGUUUUAGUUGUAUGUAAGUUUGGGUCUCAAGGUAAGCUAAGAAAGGGCAUCUCAGGUCAAGUGAAGAAAUAUUUAGGAAGGGCAGGGAAUGAUAAUUUGGUUGGGAGACAUGAGUUUGUGUUGGGAAAGUUUGGUUUUAUGAUUAAAAUGCAGAGUGUGAAAUAAGGCCAAAGAGAUUUUUCAAUCAUUAGGUUUUAUAAAGUAGAACUAAUAUGUGUUCAAGUUAGUGUUUUGAAAUAUGAAGGUUACACAUGAUUUGGGCCAGUGGUAUUCAGAGUUUGUUCUUCAGACCAGUGAUGGUCUACAAACUGUCAUACUAGUUCAUAAUGAGGUAAGUACACAUAUUGAGAGUACUUGGAAAUUACAACAAUAUGACAUUGCAGAUACCAAGCACAUGAUUAAUGAACUCAUCUUUUCAAAUAGAAUAUUCAGUUUUGAUGUUAAACUCUCAAGGUGAAUCACAUGUGAUAGCAGUUGUAAAUUAGUCAAGUAUAAUA